CCGAACUCGGUCCGUACUUAUCGGCAGCCCCUUGUCCCAUCCAGACUUCCGGCACCACUGUACUGACGCCAGAAAUCAGGCGAGAUCAGCAGCUUCCUUCCUGUUACCAUCACUCCCGAGAGCCCACGGAGUCCAGAGUGCGCGCUUGGCGCAGCAAAUCGGCCGCCAUGGCCGCGACGGCUCUCACCCUCCUCCUGCUGGCCCUCCUCCCGGAGCGCCAUGUUCUCGCCACGGCGGCCGGUGACGCGCACCCGGGCUACGCGGGCGCGGAGGCCGACACCUGCGGCUCUCCCCCCUCCGGAGGAGGCGCGGCAGGCCGGCGCCACGGCCCGGCGCUGGAGGAGUACGGCGGCGGGCGCAUCGUGGACAUCACGCACGCCUACCGCCCGAGCAUGCCGGCGUUCGCGCCCGGCGCGACGGUCGGCCCCCUCGUGCGGCUCAAGGCGUCGAUGGAGGACGGGUCGGAGUACAACUUGUCGGAGCUCCGGAUGGAGUGCCACAUGGGCACCCACGUCGACGCGCCGGGCCACAUGAACCAGGCCCACUUCGCCGCCGGCCUCGACGUCGACACGCUCGACCUCGAUGUCCUCAACGGUCCUGCCUUACUGGUCGAUGUUCCAAGGCACACAAAUAUUACAGCUGAAUCCAUGGAAUCUCUAAAUAUACCGAAAGGUGUUCGUCGAGUUCUCUUCAGGACAUUGAACACGGACAGGGGGCUCAUGUGGAAGGCAGCUGGUGAUUUGAGUUAUGUUGGAUUUACAGAGGAUGGUGCAAAGUGGUUAGUUGACAACACCGACAUCAAGCUGGUUGGGAUUGACUAUAUAUCAGUUGCUUCGUUUGAUAACUUGAUCUCUGCCCAUGUGGCCUUCUUCAAAAAUGCGGAUAUCAUCCUAGUCGAAGCCCUGAAACUAGACAACGUCAACACUGGACUUUACAUGCUACACUGCUUACCUCUGAGACUGGUUGGAUCCGAGGGUUCACCAAUCAGGUGCAUUCUUAUCAAGUGAUCAUCGCAAUCAUAGUGGCUGCUCUUGCCAAAGGCCGUAGCGCAUCGUGCCCGCAGUUGCUACAGUAUAUUUGUCCACGGUCCAUCUUAGUGGAAAAAAGAAAAUGCCUCCUGUGAUGCAUACCAGUUUGUAUUGUCAAAUCAGCAAGGAAAAUAUAGCAAUACUACGAAUAAGUAAGUGAUGCAAGACAGACUUAUAGUUACUCGUGUCAGUCUGCUUGCUCCCACGACGUUGUGCUGUAACCAAUGAUGAACCACACGAGUUUGUUAGCUGUAUAAUUUCCAAUAGAGUUCAGCAAUUUUCAACUA